AUGGCAGGGCAAUCAAAGGAAGCUCCAUUGCCGAGUUGGGGGUAUGCCCUUACGGGUGCGACGGGUGCAGUAUUGGCGAACGCUGCUGUCUAUCCUUUGGAUAUGUACGCUCCCCCCUUCUCCCCUUUUUCUCGUUUCUAUUUUUUUGAUGAUGGGGGGAUAGGAAUGCCGUUAGUUAAGGAAAUCAGAGGCUAAUGGGGGCUGGAGCUGUUGGUAGAGUGAAGACAAAGCUUCAAGUUCAGGUCAAUCGAAAACCGAAAAACACGGAGAAGUCGCUGGAGAAUGGGGAUGUGUCAGGGUAAGCCUCUCUCUCGGUAGUUACGCUCUGCUCAGAGUGCGACUACAGUAACCUAACCGAGGUUUCCCUAGACGUGACGAGGAAGAAGGGGAGAUCUACACCUCCGCCGUCGAUGCGAUUCAAAAGAUCAUUGCACAAAGUGGCGUCAAUGGGCUUUACACGGGAAUGGUAGGCUCCUUAAUCGGCGUUGCGAGCACAAAUUUUGCAUAUUUCUACUGGUAUACUCUUGUCCGGAAUUUCUACCUGAACAGGUCGACAACCGGCCCACCUUCCACAGCCGUUGAACUGUCUCUAGGAGCAGUAGCAGGGGCCCUCGCGCAGAUAUUCACUAUUCCCGUCGCGGUUGUGACAACCAGACAACAGACUCGCCCAUAUAGCUCGAAACCGCUUGGUUUGUUCGCUACCGCCCAAGAAGUCAUCGGCGAAGAUGGCGUAUCGGGAUUGUGGCGUGGGUUGAAGGCCUCCCUUGUGUUGGUUGUUAAUCCCGCGAUCACGUAUGGGUGUUACCAGCGGUUGAAGCAGAUUCUGUUCAACGGAAGGGAUAGGCUGAGCCCUGGGGAGGCUUUCUUGCUCGGUGCUCUUAGCAAGUGUUUAGCAACACUAGCUACCCAGCCGUUGAUUGUAGCCAAAGUUGGGCUACAAAGCGCUCCUCCCCCAGGAAGAAAGGCGUACAAGAGCUUUGGGGAAGUUAUGAAAGUGAUUGUUAAAAAGGAGGGGGCUCUGGGACUGUUCAAGGGUAUUGGACCGCAGCUUGUGAAAGGGUUAUUGGUCCAGGGUGUCCUUAUGAUGAGCAAGGAGAGGUAAGAUUGCGUAGAAAUUAUUUGAUAUUUCUGCACAGGUGCUGAUUUAGAAAUUUUAGGAUGGAACUGAUAUUCAUCCUACUAUUCCGAUGGUUCAAGAAGAUGCGGGCAGAGCGAUUGGCUAAAGUUUCUAGCGCUCUACCGCUUGUUGUGAAGGAUUAGGAGAUUGAGUUCAUGUACGAUAGGUGGCAGGUGAUCUUCCGCUAUUCCAUAAUAGAAACGAUUAUCUUCUUCUCCUAUUAGGUAGAGAGGAUGAUUUUACUAGCCCGAUAUCUAUUUGCUUAAA